AUGGGAACUGCCGCGUCCAAAAGGAAGAAUCUAAGAAACGAUGCGAUAUCUUCUGUGGCAGCAAAAGUUAGAGCAGCACGAGCAUUUGGAGAGUACCUGUCCCACACACACCCUGAAAACCGAAACGGAUCAGCUCACCUUCAGUGUGAAACCUUGUUGGUGGGUCCUGAUCCAGAGUUGCCGAGUGACCCGAGUGGACUCAGCAAUAAGACUCACGUUCCUCCCUGCUCCUCUGCCAAAGGACAUUCGAAUAAACUAGAUCCUAUCCUUGCGAAGGAAAAGCUGGCAUUAAUCCAGCCCCCUUUUCCAUCAAACACUAUUCCUCCCAAGCCAACUUGUCUCUCGCUUGAACAUAGCUUCACAGCAGAGGAGGACCAGAAGACGUCUACUGAGUGCACCCGUGUGUACACCAUCACCUCCCAGCACGGUAUGCUGAUGAGCAGCGGCCGGGGCAGCAAAGAGAGCCUAGAACUGGACAUCCUGAAGGAAAAGUCGAGGAGUGGUGGGGUAGGGUCUAAAAGUGGCCCGAUCCAGCCCUCCACCUCUCCAUCCUCCGCCUCCUCAUCUCCAACCCAGUAUAUCCGCUCGAGCAGCAGCCGUGGCAUCAGCAGCUGUAGCCACACUCACCACGGUAAUCACCACCACCACCACACGGCCGUCUCUGGAACAAAUACCUCGUCCAGCAGCGGUGGAAUCAGUGGGGCAAGCGGAUGCAGCAGUAGCAACCAACAGCAGCAGAUGGUUGGAGCAUCUCACUCCCAUCACGCAGCCCACCACCACUCCCAUCAUCACCAUCACCUAUCCCAACCGCCACUGCAGACCUCAGUCAGUGCCCACAAUAUCCGAAGCCUUGCUGAUGGGAGAGGGGAAGCCGAGUGCAGUGGGCUGGCUUGCGACUCAUGCAGCGGUGCUCCUUCACGUAGCCAGGGGUCACUGGACCUGGAGAGUACGUCCCGAGAGGCAGGCAAGCAGCACCGACGCCUAGAGCGGAUGUGGAGUGUGGACCGGAUGACUGGGCUGGAGAGAGAGGACACUAACUGGUUUCCAAAGGAAAACAUGUUCAGCUUCCAAACAGCGACGACAACAAUGCAGGCGAUAUCGAACUUCCGGAAGCAUCUUCGGAUGGUGGGCAGCAGGAGGAUUAAAGCGCAGACAUUCGCUGAGCGUAGAUCCAAGAGUUUCAGCCGUUCCUGGAGUGACCCCACCCCAGUCAAGACUGAUUCUCCUCAUGAGGCAAAAGACAGUGGAGACCUGCAGACUCCUAUUAAUGCCCUGGAAGAUGGAGCGCUUGAAGAUGCCCUAGACUGGGAGGAGGAGAAGGAGAUGGAGAGGAUGGCGUGUGAAGGAGAUGACUUUGUUCCUCCCAAAAUAAUGCUGAUAUCCUCCAAGGUUCCCAAAGCGGAGUACAUUCCCACCAUAAUCCGCAGAGAUGAUCCGUCCAUCAUCCCUAUUCUCUAUGACCAUGAACAUGCAACCUUUGAUGACAUUUUGGAGGAAAUAGACAAGAAGCUCACAGCGUACAGGAGAGGAAGCAAAUUCUGGAGGAUGCUUAUCUUCUGUCAAGGAGGCCCUGGUCAUCUUUAUCUGUUGAAGAACAAAGUGGCAACCUUUGCUAAGGUGGAAAAAGAAGAAGACAUGAGCCAGUUUUGGAGGAGAUUGAGUCGCUUCAUGAGCAAAAUCAACCCCGAGCCAAAUGUGAUCCACAUAAUGGGAAGCUAUGUUCUGGGAAACCCUAACGGAGAAAAGCUGUUCCAGAAACUGAAGAAUCUGAUGAGGCCAUAUUCUGUGGAGUUCGAGUCACCGCUGGAGCUAUCUGCCCAGGGCAAAGAGAUGAUUGAGAUGUACUUUGAUUUUCGUCUCUACCGCCUUUGGAAGACUCGCCAACACUCUAAACUCUUGGACUACGAGGACCUUUUGUGACAAAGACACCCAAGCAAAGAGUUCAUAGGUGGCCCAGCAGUGCCAAGCGGACACUGUUGAAACUGAUGACCCAGUGACUAAACAUGCCCUAACUGUCAAGGUUGGGUCAUCAGCUGAAAAAAAAAAAAAAUUCAUAAAUAAAAAUAAUCUUCUUUCAUGCUGAAAAAGCCUGGAACAGCGGGUUGUAGAACACCAGAGGAAAUGUGAAAAGGUUUCUAUAUAUGACAAAAAAUGAGGGGUAACCCCCCCCCCUAAAAACUGAACUAUCCAUAUCAAACUUGUCUAAUCUUGUUUUUUUUUUAACUGUAGAGUUUCAAAAAUAUUAACAAAUGAUUAAAAAUAUGUAAAUAUACGUUUUUUGUCGCCCUGUUGUUGCAAUGACCUGCUUUAUGGGGCCGAUGUGCUUCAGAUUAAUUGCUGUAACUCAUCCUGUCCUAAUGUGGUUCUGUGUUUUGACCAUCAGACUCGCCCAUACAUAUGACAUCAUAUACACAGGUGAUGUUAAAGUGUGUAUAGUUCACAUGGAUAUAGUAGUAUAGCCUUAGCCAUGCAAAUAAUACUCUGUAUUGGAUCAUCAUUUUAUUUCAUUGUGCAUUGUUGUGCAUUUUCAUAUGGAAAUCCGUUGAAAUAACUCAGGUUUUUGCCAUCCAUUUAAUGAAUCUCUUUAUUCUAUAACAUUAAGAUAUUCAGCACCAUCGCUUUGAAUGAAUGUAUUAUCUUUUUUGGAUAUAUGUGGGAUUAUGAAUGUUUUGUGUGGGGAAAAAAAUGUUUUGAGUGUGUUUUAAAUUUAAAAAAGAAAAAAAGUGUGCAUAUUAUCUUUAGUCUACUUUAAGCAAAAAGAAUAAUCGCCAGCAUUGCCAUAAAUAUCCCUUGGUCAUGUCUAUCCACAAAGGAUGACAGUCUGGUGUGAUUCAUGAUGUCAAAGGAUGUAACAGCCAUCCAAGGGCUCCUACAAAUGAAGAGGAGUUUCCCUAAUGAUCAAUGAUUUUUUUUUUCCCUUUUUUUGUGCAAAGGGAUCAGUCAUGACAAAAUCUGCUACCCUUUUCUGCUAAAUAUACUCUUGGUUUCUCUUAGCUCAUAGUGACGACCAGAGUAGGGAGCUGUAAGCAGAUGUAUGCCUGAUGGGUGUAAACUUUUUAUUUUUUUUAAAGACCAGAAAAAUGCUUUCUUAGAGGAGUGGAUCAAUUCAAGCUGUUUCAGACAGACUAAGUAUGCUCUGCCCUCAGGUGCAAACAUACAUGUUAGGGCUGGGAACAAAAUACAUUUAGAGACAAAGUUAGAAUGGCACAGAUAUAGCUGCCUAUAUAUUAUUCAGUUGGUGUGCUUUUCAUGAGCCCAGCUGCUUGAGGAAACGUGGUUCAGAUACCAGCUGAGGCUCAGGGAAAGAUCUCUGACAGAAAGAACACAGAUGUCAUUUCAGCAAUAGCUUUAGAUAUCAAAUUCAUUCAUAUUCAUUUGUGACAGCAUCAGUUGUGUGUGGCUGCCAGAGAAUAUCUCUGUAAUAGAGAGACAAUGAUAACGGUAUAUUCACUGAUUGGUUAAUUAGACCAGAGUCAAGCCAAUUUAAAAGCAGUCACAUCUGACAGAAGGGUAGCUGCACUUUUGAGACCCAAAUAUUUUGUAAAAAUUUAGAAAUUUGAAUUUUUUUAUUGUGUUUUUACAAUAUACCCGCUCCGCUGUGGGAGCUUCUUUUUUUUUUUCUUUCCAGAGAAGAUUGUUGGAAUUUAAUUCUUAUUGUUACCGAGUCACAUAUGGCGCUUUUUGAUUUAUUGGCACUUCUGGUCCAGAUCCUUAAAAUAAAAUCAUCUUUCAUUACAGUCCCAUAACCUUUAGAAACUUUUUUUUGGAGGUUUUUUGCAGAGGAAAACAAAUUCCUAGUCAAACUCUUUUAGGCCUUCUAAGAAUAACUUGAACCUUUUGGAAGACAAAAAUAUGUACCUUAUUUUAUGCCAGUCUUGGAAAAUUAAAUCUUAGUCUUAUUUUACCAAACCAGACAGCUCCAAUUACAAUUCCUAAUAGAAUCUAAACUUCCAUGUUUAUGUUUUAAAGGUGGGCAAUUAUUACUUUGUCAUGUUUUUUUCACCAGUACUAAUGUACUGCUGGUUCUUUGUUUCAAUCAUCUGAAAUUUAAGAUCAUACUAGUGCAUUAAAGAUUAAUUUAUAAUAAGACUUUCAAUACAUCAUUGUUGGAGCAAACAGUUUUAGCCGCACUGCAGUUGGAAAGUUUCAACAAUGGGAAAAUUAGCAUUUUCAAUAAAUAAUAUAGAGGACUUUCUAUGGCAGGUUUGAAUAAAAUGUUUAGGAAGCUUAUCUGUCAGAAUUUGGGCCUAAAUUCCUACAUAUGUGUUACUUAUUUUUCUGUCUCUAAGCUCCAGUAGAUUUCAACUUAUAAACUGGAAACUGUUAUAUUUGGUGGACGGAAACAAAUGAAAUCAAAUCCCUAAAAUGACUGUCAGCUGCCUUUAGUUUUUGGGCAUUAUCAAAGCAAAAUAUGAAUUCUAAUAUAUUUUAUGUAAUAUGUCAUUUUGCUGUCAAAAUGUUUAAAACAAGGUUUAAGUAAAUAUUUUUUAAAGGUCAUGGAACAGAGCUUAUCCAUUCAGAGCAGAGGCAAAAUAACCAGCAGGUCUAGAAAAUGUAAUGAGUGGAAAUGUGAAAAGAUUCAAAUCAGACUAGACAAGCGGUUGAAGAAAGUCAACUGGUCAUGAAGAGUCUCACUGACUGGAGUCUUGGCUUUAAAUAAGACAAUGCUGUCUGCAUUUCAGAUUUACAUACUUUUCUGUCAAUAUGUGUGGAUUUGUCAGAAUUUAUAAAUGUAUUGAUUUUUUUUUUGGUUCAUAAUUCUGUAAAUCUUCUUUUAUUAUUAUUUCAUAUGUGUUUGCUGUGUGUGUGACAUUACCCUGCUGGCCCGUUUCUCUGGAACAGCCAAGUGCUCUCCUUUCCUCUCUCUCAGCCCGAGUCACGCAAUAUGUUUUCACUACAGAUUUAAAAUUCAGCAGUUACACAACCUGUCAUCUCACAGAGCCAUUUUAAUUCCAGCAAAAGCACUGAGCUGCCAAAUUCUCCAAGAAGUUGCCCUUAACAGCUGCUGGCUUUUAAUGGGAUUAUUUUUCAGAGCUUUCACUGGCGUAUAAUUUUUCGCAUCAGAAACACGGCAGCCAUGGGUUAUUUUGGUCAAAAAAGUGCUUUAGAGAAAAGAAAAUCUAUUAUCAGUUCUGUGGGAAAUCUCUUACUCAUUCAGGAUUCUGUUAAGUUAAUUUGGGAGGAUAAGGUGAGGGGCAUCGUGACUCAGGAGUUCCAGAGAGAUUUGUUUAUGUUUCUAUCAGUAGCAAGAAAAAAACGAAGGUGAUUAUCUGGAAAUCUAAUUAAAGAUUAUA